CGAAAAUACCCCUCUCUCUCCCUCUGACUUCACGCUUCCCUCGCGCCCUUGAACCACCACCACCCCACGCAUCUCUCACUCUCCCAUCACCCAUAGAAUUUCUUCUCUUCAAUGGCGACCUUACAGGCCCACCUCUCUGCGAUUUCUGCCAUCGGCUCCUCCUCUUCAUCGUCCUCCUCCCUCUCUUCCACCACCACCACCACUUCACUGGUUUCCGUCGCCACCUGGCCGCAGUCUGCCCGGAAAUUCCCCGGAGACCGGAGCCGGAGUCUCCAGAGGUCCGUUGUCCGAGCAAUGGUUCAGACGGUCCCCGGAGCUCCGGCCGCCUAUGCUAAGGAAAUGGAGAGGCUCUCCGCUAAAGAAUCACUGCUUCUCGCCUUCAAGGAUGCUGGGGGUUUUGAGGCAUUAGUCACUGGAAAGACGACAGACAUGCAGCGGAUUGAUGUCAAUGAGAGGAUUACUGCUUUGGAGCGGGUCAAUCCAACACCCCGCCCUACAACGUCGCCCUUUUUGGAAGGACGAUGGAAUUUCGAGUGGUUUGGGUCCGGAAGCCCAGGUCUAUUUGCUGCUAGAUUUCUAUUAGAGAGAUUUCCUUCAACAGUGGCCAGUUUGUCAAAAAUGGAGGUGCUCAUCAAGGAAGGGAAUGCAAAGAUUACAGCAAACAUGAAAAUAUUGAACUCGAUAGAAAGCAAAUUUUCUCUGUCAACCAAGUUGUCUGUGGAGGGACCAGUUAGAAUGAAAGAGGAAUAUGUUGAGGGGAUUCUUGACACACCAACAGUUAUUGAAGAAACAAUACCAGAGCAGCUAAAAGGUGCACUUGGUCAGGCAGUCAACACAGUGCAACAGCUUCCUGUUCCAAUUAGGGAUGCCUUCGCCAAUGGGUUGAGAGUUCCUUUAUCUGGAGCUUUCGAGAGACUCUUCAUGAUUUCCUAUCUUGAUAUGGAGAUAAUGAUCAUAAGAGAUGCUGCUGGAGUUCCUGAAAUACUUACAAGGUUAGAUUCACCCUCAUCUCCCCUGGCAGAAACCAUCACGGAGUAUGAGAGCUAAAGGUGCUAUUAUGUAUGGGAACUAAACUUUUUCGAUUUUUGUAUAGUUCACUUUCAAAUGAUAGUUACAUUUCAUGUCCUUCUCUCUGAAUAAGAUGUUGUUCCUCUUCUGAUUUCCCUUGA